UGUAAACUCGGCGAGGACGGCAAUGUGGCCUGGAGUGCACCAGCUCCAAAGUGUGAAGACAUCAGCGGAUACGUGGGUUGUUUCGUCGAUGAAGAUGUCGCCGCGUCCUUGAAAUCUGACAAAUUAGAAAAGGAAUCCAUGACGGUGGAAUUUUGCCUCAAGUUUUGUGACCAGAAGGGACAUGGACUGGCAGGUCUGAAGGACGGUAAUGAGUGUUACUGUGGCAACGAGCUGAUAAAGUCAACUCUGCGCCCGGGCAAAUGCUCCGACACCUGUUCUGGCAACCGGAACCAAAUCUGUGGCGACGAUGACGAGUUUUCUCUAUAUACAGUCGGAGACAGUGGAUCUGGUGGUUCCGGCGACUCCAAAAUCCCAGAGGUUCCUCCAGUCAUCAUUGGCUAAAUGGCACAAACAGAUUGGAGAGACCUAACAAUAACCAUAACACUUGCAAAACUUACAAGCAGGGGCGGAUCCAGAGAUAUUUACUGACAGUCUUCCAAAUUAUCUUUGUUGAUUCAUCCUCCAAUUUUGAGC